AUGAAAUGCCACGGUUGUCUUAAGCUUAUUAAGGAUUUGAAUAAUAUAAAAUGUUCAUCUUUAACAUGUAGUAAAAGUUUCUGUUCUUUAUGCAUCAAUCUUACGGAACUAUCAAUCGAGAAGAGGAGCAAAUGGAAAUGUCCUGAUUGCUGUGCCAAUAAGCGAAAAAUUGGAGAUAAUAGUUCAACACCUGUGCGCUCAAAUGAGGACGACUCAAACGUCACUUUGCGAAAAAAGGCUGAUACACAAACUAUUACGGGAAUGAAUAGUGAAGUAAAGGAACUUAUUGCCGAAUUUCGAUUGCUAACUCAGGAAUUAUCCUCCCUAAAAAAACAGCUUGAAGACACUACAGCUUCUAUGACAUCCUGCCAGAAACGAUUAGAAGAACUCGGGUCAGCGAUAGCUAACAAUGAUAGUCGAAUUAAAAAGCUUGAGGAUCGUGAGAGAGAGACUGAACUGUUAAAGGGUACAGUGAAAGAACUACAACAAGAAUUGAAUAUAAAAUCUCAAAACAAUAUCAGUAACGAACUAGAAUUAUGUGGUAUCCCCGAAAUUAAUAAUGAGAGCUUACAACAUGUAGUUCUUUUGGCUGCGCGGAAAGUAGGAGUGGACCUAGAAGAUGGUGACAUAGACUGGGUUAUCCGCGCUGGGCCUCGUGUUAAGCGAGUAAUUACCAUGGAAAAUAACUCUCAAUUCCCUAGACCAGUUGUUGUUCGCCUUCUACGCAAGACAAAGCGAGAUCAGAUAAUUAAGGCUGCGAAAUCAAGACGGAAUAUAAAAAGCACAGACCUUGACAUUCCCGGAACACCUUAUAAAGUUUUCUACAAUGAACGCCUAACAAAAUAUAACCGUGAGCUUUUUCGUGAGGCACGAAGAAUGGCUAAACAACAUGGUUUCUCGCAUUGCUGGUGCUCACAAGGUACCAUCUUUGUCCGAAAAUCGGAAGGGAAGCCAGCCCGACCUGUUCGAAAUUUUGAUGAUCUCUCUAUUGUUUUUUCUAAAUCAAUU